AUAAUAAUACAACAAAUAUAUUUAAUGAAGAAGAAGAAUUGGAAAUUAGUAAUAUUCUUAAUUUGGAUGAAUCAAUAUUUAUUGCAGAUUUGGGUGAAAUUAUUAAUGAUACUAUAGAAAAAGAUAAUAUUAAAAUAAAAGAGUUGAUAGUUUUUGAAUAUAGUAUAGAAGAGAAACUAGUAGAGGAUGCAAGUGAUAUUAUAUGA